AUGGCACCAAGGGAAGCCACUGGUACCUUCCCGGAUCAAUUCUUGACGUUCGAUUAUGAUGUGUCAAUGCCAAUGGGAAUGCCGCCACCGCACGAUCCGUUACCGCUAGGACCAGUUGCCACCAUGAUGGAUACGACCGAAGAAGAUGCCACCCCUCCACAAGACGCCAUGGCGGGACAGCACAAUUCUAGCAGUGACACUAGUAGACCACCUACGAAUGCACAAGUUGAUCCACUCUCUAUCGAUCCUACCUCGCAUCACCUUAACAUGGAGCAAAAUGGCAGUAAUGGAAGCAACACUCACACCACAGUGCCUCCGCAACAACCACCUGCUGCGAAUGUUUCGUUCGGUUCGACCGUUACGACCGUUAACACCACUCAUGGCACUUCCGCCUCUUUCCAGAAUCAUCUACCCCAUGUGGGAGUACCGCGAUUGCAGUUGGUGCAUCAAGUAUCGCAGGUAUCGCAGGUAUCGCAAGUGUCCAUUCCUCCCAAUGAACAAUCUGAGGACGAAGAGGACGAUGCUCCACCUGCUUUGGAUAUGACUUAUGACAGUGCUGCUUCUUCGAAUCAAUCCUUUCAUGUGGUGGAAGAUGAUGAACAAUCUUCUUCUCCACAGAGUGAUUCUGCGAUCUCGGCGUCUUCCAGCCAGAGUCCAGCAUCUCUGCAGGAAAAUUCUGCCUUUGAUAGCUCUUCGGCGGAACCAUCGUCUCCCGUUUCUGCUGCUCCACCAGCUCCAGCUCCAACUCCAGCCUCUCCCACUUCGAUCAAUCUAUCGUUUGGUCCCAACACUACCGUUUCCGACCUCAAAUACUUUGCGGAACGCGGUUGUAUUGUGGCCUUGUUGCAAGCCUUGAACACUCCUCGGCUAGCGACUUUGGGAACUCGAAUGUUGGCGGACUAUGCCAAGAUGUCACACCGACGAGUAGCGGUGGCUAGCAAUCGCCGCAUUUUGGAGUUUGUCCAGCGUACCAUGCUGCAAGUCUCGGAACACGCCGACUGGCUGGGGAGGGAAUAUGCCGUCGAGACUGUUCGAUCCUUGACUGCAACGGAAGAGUCGGAUCGUUACUUGAUGAGAACCUAUGGUUUGCUGAACACACUAGCGCUGGUGGCACGUGGUGGACCCUUUGUGUCUCAUGUGCGCCAGGAUGGCGUUCGGUGUACCUUGCCACUCGCCUCGGAGAAGGCUCGUCUUCAUGCUUGCAUUGCCAUUAUGAACCUUUCCUGUGGCAAGGCCAACAAGAUUGAGAUUGCCAAGAUUCCAGAUGUCUUGGAAGCCAUGAGAGAAGUCAUGCUUCACUGUUCGGACGAAGCUCGUCUCAAGGCAACUACCUGCAUCAAGAAUCUAUCAAAUGCCGAUGCCAACGAUGCGGCUCUAUUGGGAACUCCUGGACUUGUGGAAGCCUUGGGACAAGUGGCUGCCACUACCUGCACCAUGGAGAAUGGAGCGACUCCUUGCACUACCAAUGCAUGUCUGACUUUGAUGAACCUUUCCAUCAGCAAGGCCAACAAGCAUAGAGUCUUUCGAACACCAGGGGUCAUGGAUGCAUUGAUGACUGUUCUCGAGAGAACGACCGCACAAGGAUCUUCCACGGAAGCUCGCAUAAAGGCUUGCUCUGCCUUGUCCAAUCUUGCCAUUGGAUAUGACAACAAGAUUCCCAUGUUCAACUAUCCCGGCUUUGUGGAUGCCAUUUUGAAUGUCAUUCAAACGGAUACCGGAGAAGCUCGUACCAAGGCUUGCUCGAUCCUUUGGUCUUUUGCUGCCGAAAUGAAGAACCAAGUGCCAGUGGUCAAACGGGGAGACAUUCUUCCAGUCUUGGUCCGAGUCGCUGAAGAAGAUGGAACUACAGAAGCUCGAUUCAAGUGCGUCGCUGCUUUGACCUUGUUGGCUGAGUCAUUGGACAAUGCCAUUCCCCUUUUGGAGAGUGGUGCCCUUUCCCCUCUCAUGGAGAUUCUACACGAAGCUGGUCCGGAUCCAACUCAAUGGAAGGGACAAACUGCUUCUUGGUGUGUGGGAUUCCUCAUGAACAUUGCUCAAAGCGAUGAAGCAGUUCCUUCUUUGCGCGAAGCCGGAGUUGUUGAACUCUUGGCUCCUCUCUUGACAUUGGAUCACUAUCAAAGCCUCAAGGCGGCCAUGGCAGUCACCUUUGUCUGUCGGUACGAUGAAGGAGAUGAGUGUUAUGACCUUCUUCGCAAGACGGAAAAUGUCAUUCCCAAGAUUAUAUCUUUGUUGCACAAUACCCUUUCGGGGAAGGGUGGAAAUGGAUACAAGUACGGCGUCUUUACACUACGCUCCUCCGUGGGAUGCAUUGCUGCCUUGGCCAGUGGCCCUGACUUUAUGAAAGAACGUAUCGCCACGGGCCCCGUCUUUGAGAGCCUUCUUCGAGUCCUCUCUGACUUUUGCGUAGACGGUGGCACACCUGGUGCCAUCGUUGGCGGCGGCCGGGACGACAUGUUGAGUGCUACACUUGCGGUGCGAGCCCUUGCAUCUUUGACGGCACAUUUGAUUCCUAUUGCAGGAUGCAGUGCUUUGCCAUUUGGACAAAACAUGGAAGACCGAUUAUUGACGGCGCUGAUUUCGUUGGAGAGAACCAACAAGGAAGGACUUUUGCGAACUACCAAGGAGCUGGCUGUGGAUGCAAAGAAUCGCAUACAAGGUGGACGCAAGGUCAGCAGAGGAUCAUCUGGUCUGUAUACUGCUAAAGAUAUGAUCGAGGAUGUGGACAUGAGCGAUGCAGGAUCCUCUCUGGUGAGUGGAUGCUGCGGUCUUGGUGCCUUGCCAGGAUUUGGGGACGUCUUUAUGCAACUACCAAGCCACGAGUCGGUGCCACCACUUGCGGGAAAGUCAAGUUUGGCGGAAGAUGACCCGUUGCCAAUGGUUCGUACCUUUUUGUUGACUGACUCGAGAACGGGGCGACGCUUUGUGGUUCCAACAGAUCCAAGUGGAGGCCGAGCAUUCAACGAUUCUCGAAUGUGGUGCUAUCGCAGAGGAAGAUUCUGUCUGUCAGGGGAACAGCCAGAUCCAAAUUUUGCCUGGAACGAUGAGUUGCAAAGAGCCUACGAAGCGGUUAUCAGUGGACAAUCCGAAAGUUCGGAAGCGGUGGUCAGCUCGACCGCACUUGCUAACACUACGAAUUAA